UUAAUUUAGUUUAGAUACACUACUGUUAUCAACAUUGCUGCCGUACCGUUGCGGCAAUAAACAGAGCUGUACAUAGAGUAGGCAUACAACAUCCGGGCUAUGCUCGCAGCCUGCGCAGGAACGGAAUGGCGGAGCUGAUUCGAUGGGCUCUGGAGGUCAGCGUGUGAGGCUAGCAGCGUUCCUGAGGCAGGGCUAUGAGGGUGGGCACCAGGAGCAGGAGUCCCGGGCCCUAGAGGAGCGGGGGAAGCAGUGCCCCAUGAAGAUGGCUGCUCGCCACCACGCCCAUCCUGAGCUUCCCCUGGAGGAUCUGUUGGGCCUGUGCGGGCACGAGGUGUCUGGGCCCCUCCUGCAGCAAGACAAGCAGCCCAACGAGCUGGCUGCCAGCCUGCCUGACAUGACCCUGGACAAGGAUCAGAUAUCCAGGGACCUGUCUGGCGAGGACGGCGAGGAGUCGACGUCUGAUGACCUCACUCCCUCCGUCACCUCCCACACCUCCGACCUCCUGCGGUGUCACCUCCGAGGUACGGCCCGCCGCCUCUCCCUGCGUCCCGCAUCGUUUGACUCUGACAACGGCUCCGUCCCCUCCAAUGACGGACGGAAGGAUAUCAUGGUGGGCUCUCAGUACCAAGAAAUCCCUCCUCUCAACCCCUGCACCUACCAGGAGAGAGCCUAUGAGAGUGAGGACCAGCUGUUGUGGAGCCCUGGUGUGCUGUCCGGCCAGGCUGUGGAGGACUUCCUGCUCUGCUCCCAGAGACGGGGGCCCCCUCGGGGGCGGCCGACACCCACUGCCUGGGACUCCGUCAGGGACAAUGAGCAGGCUCUGUAUGAGCUGGUGAAAUGCAACUUCAACACAGAAGAGGCUCUGACACGACUGCGCUUCAAUGUGAAAGUCUUCAGUGAGGAGCUGUGCGCCUGGAGCGAGGAGGAGUGUCGCAACUUCGAGCACGGCUACCGUGUUCACGGGAAAAACUUUCACCUCAUCCAAGCCAACAAGGUACGCACGCGCUCCGUAGGGGAGUGCGUGGAGUAUUACUACAUUUGGAAGAAAUCGGACCGCCACGAGUUGUACCAGCAGACCACCAAGCUGGGCCGCAAGAAGUUCAGCCUGCAGUCUGGCAACAUAGAGGAUGGCGAGCAGGAUGGAGAGGGGGGGGAAGUGGAGGGGGGAACUCACUCCCACAGCCCCCCUGCCAGGCAGCUUGACCCCCCCUCACCUCGGCCGGACUUGGACCAGCCAGGUGCUCUGCUGGGACCGGGGGUGUGGGACUUCUGUGGUGACCCGGGCGCCAGCCCUCUGGACGACCGUCAGCUGUCCAGCUCUUACCCUCCACCCCCCCCUCCAGACGACUUGCGCCAGCCCGCGUUCCGCUGCCCCAGCCCGGGCAGCCGACCCUCCGCCUGCCCCUCUCAGCUCCAGCCCUCCUCUCCAGCCUCCGCCGAGGGGCCUCGCCUGCUGGGCCCUGGGUUAUACCACCUCCAGUUGGGGUCCUUCUUCCCGGAGGGCCCGCCAGCUGGGCCUGGCUGUGGCGGCGCCCCCCAGAGGACCCAGGUGGACUUCUCCUUGCCCUCCGCCACCCCGGCGUCCCCCACGCAGGCUUCCUCCUCCAUGUCCUCGGAUUUCGGGGCCAUCUGCAGCUUCCUGGGGGCCCCUCCCGUCCAGCACCCCCGCUCGCUCACACAGUGAGGGGCUCGGGGGAAAGGUGCGUUCGUUUUUUAACACCGAGCACAUUCCUAGACGACACGGUGCUUCCGGGGCACUGUCUAAUUUGAUGAAAUCGGACCAGAGGUUACCUUGACCUUGGCUGUGGCGAGCUCUAGCUGGACCAGCUGGACCAGUGUGUUUACAGGGGAGCCCAGGAGCACAAUACGCCACCUAUUUGUAGGGGCCAACAAUGCAGCUACUCCACGUCAGGUCAUGUUGAAAUGUAGGUCCCUUGGCAGAACAUGAGAAAGACAUGAAUGUGUUGCAGACAGACAGACAGACAGACAGGUAUGUAGGUAGGCUGGCAGACAGACAACUGGCAGACAGACAGUCAAAUGGACAGAGGGACAGACAGACGAACAGCUGGACAGAGGCACACAGCUGGGUGGAGACCAGUAAUUCUUUUCUCUGCUGGAUCGGAGUGUGUGUCAGAGGUCAGUCUUCAAGUCUCCCCACAUCUCAGCCCUCGGGAGGCUUCCAUAUCAUCUCCUCUCAUGUCCCCUGGGUCCUAGCUCCCAGCUCUCCACUGGAUCUGAGAUCGGCUCGCAGUUAAGUUCGUCCCAAAACAACAAUCCGAGACUCUUGUGACCCAGACUUUCUCCAUCUCCCCUCCCAGUUCACGUGAAAGACCCUGACACUCCUCUCUCGGUCGUCGAGUACAGGCCGCGCUGGUCGUCGUUUUGGCCCGGUGUUGUACAGGCUACUGUAGAUUAGUCAAUAAAUACACACUUACUCAGGGGGUGUGGUGUUGGAGUCAUCCUCGCAUCUCAACUGUGGGACUUGGCAACGUUCGGACGACCCGGACGACCUUUGGUGUGGUCAUCCCGCUCCUGCUGUACCCUCCCCUACCACUAGAGGUCACCCACGUGGCCUGAGGAGGUUCCCGGGCCCGGUGACCCCGCCCCCUGGCUGUGCUAGACGGACAGACAGAACUGUAUUUAUCCCCUGGAGAGGAAGGAGCCACGGCCCUUCAACGUCGUCCGGUCUGAGUCCGUCGUCCGGUCUGAGUCCGUCCCCUCGUCCCUGGGACCCCGCUUCCGGAGCUGCCCCUCUAUUUAUUUCCCAGGUCUGUUGCCUCUCUGUGGGGGUUGAGGGAGGCGGGGGGAUGGGGGGGGGGGGGGGGGGGGGGUAACUAUCCUCCUCAGCCCUCCCCCUGCCCUUUGACCUCUGACCCUCAUUCAAUGUUUGUUUCGUUCAAAUGUUUACGUGUGGGAUGUGACCACCAGGCCGGCUCAAACACUGCCUUUAUCCAUUUUUAGCUAUUUCAAUUGUUCUGCUUCUGUUCUGUUUAUUUGUAAUUAAUUAUUAUAUUUUGUAAAAAAAAAUAAAAAAAAUCUUUAUUAAAAAUGUGGUCUUUUAAAUAUGCGAUUGCACAUGUUCUAUGUAGAUGUGAUUGGAUCAGCAAGCAAUGGCAAUCAUGAAUAAUUGAAAUGUGUUUGUUGUUGAAGUCUUGUUUCUCACAUACAAGUAGGGUCAAAAGCACCUACCUACUUUGAAUACACUGGCUGUUUUGUCUCAAGUGUUGUUUCAAAACUUUUAAAAGCACAUUUUGCACAAAAU